UCCGCUGGACGUCAUUGUCAAAAAUCUAGUGAAAAAAUAGAGCACUUUCCCGAGUAAGAUGGAGUUUUCUUUCGCCGGUUGUUAUAUUUCGGAAAAUUGUAUUAUAAAAAUCUGAUUGUAAUUGCUGGCAGGACGAAGUUUCUGAUCUCGUUAACAGUGUUCGUGCUCUCGACAGGCAAGCGGUGUUAGUUCCCUUAUUGGUAACGCGGCUGAACAAGCACUUUUAGUCGGCUAGUCGGGAGAAUAUAGUAGAUUCAAAUUGAGAUCUGUACCUGGAUAUUGAAACCUUUUAUCGAGCUAUGCAGUUGAAUACAGUUUGCAAUGCACCUAUUACGAAUGGUGAAAGUUGGUGCAGCGGCCCAAUGCUCAUCGAUAUUCUUAACUGGAUAACUCAGGGUAUCUGCCGUCUGCUUAGCAAGCCGAUGAAACAUGCCAAUACUGUUGAUGCAAUCAAAUUUAGAGGAAAUCGAAUUGGUUUUAAAUAAAUCGAGCACCGAUAAAAGUGAAAAAGAUCAACUUUUCCUUAAAGAAGAAUUCGGACCAUUAGUAUGCAACCAUUUCCGUAGAAUUUCAUCUUAUGACAAUAAGAAGCUUUCACUCAAGUCGGACAAAAUAAUAACAACUGUAAAGAAAAAAUGGGUUACUACUGAUGUGGAUAUAACAAACGUAAGAUUAGAGACGUUGAAUUUACCAAAAUGUGAAGAAACACAAUCAAAAAUAAACAUCACUUGUGAGUCCCAUGAAGCGAACCAACUAUCGGAAGCAUUAACUCUGCCAGUUAGAUCAACUCAAGCAAUUCAUAGCAGAACUCAAUCCCCAGUACGAGAAAUACAAAUAGUUUUUGAUGAUAAACUAAAAGGAAAGGAACGUGCUAAUAGAUUAAAAUUAUCAAGGAAGUCAUUGGGUAUUAGACGUCGGAGGAAUUUCCAGCAAAAAUACAUUCUAGAAAAGCAAGAGAUUAAAUCAAAACUAAAUUAUGGACAAUUGUGUAUCAAAAAGUAUAUAGGAAAUAUUCCAAAUAGUGUUGCACGAGAUUUUUCUAGUGAUUUAAAAAUAAAAUUGAGUAAAGCUGGUAAAUUAUCUCUAGCCACGCGGCAACAGCUUCGAGAUAGUGAAGAAAACGAUGAAAAUUAUAGAAUUAUCAGAUCUGAUAGUGUAAUACUCGGAUCGAAAAGAAAGCAUCAAUAUAGCACCUUAAGAGCAGCAGUGGCGCUAGGAAACAAACGAAAUAAAUCAGAUAAUAUGUCUGUGUAUGACCCUCGGUUGCAAUCUGAGGACCGUGCUGUUGGAAACGGAUACGUUACUAGAGGAUUGCAUAAUGAUGAAAAUGCUUCGGCUUUAGGAAAUCAAUAUUAUCCUAAUUCUCAGCCAAUGAUAGCUACCCUUUGUAAUAUAGGCAAUACUUGCUAUCUUAACUCAGUGGUAUAUACGCUGCGUUUUGCACCACUUUUCUUGCAUAAUUUGCAUCAUCUGGUAGAAGAUCUUUCGCAUAUUAAUCAAAGAAUCGGAAAGCGAGUGAAAAGCUCUUCGUUGGGAAGAAAUAUAGGAGGCAUCCAUACUGAAAAUGUACGUAGUUGGAGUAGUAAAGAUUUGGCAUCUAUGGAAAAUUCGAGUAGUGAUAUGCCCAAGUCGAAUCAACAGAUUGCUACUGAGAAGCUUCAUGAAUUGUAUCAACACUUGCACAGGAAUGAGUUGAUUGAGUCUACAGAACCCUUUCAUGCCGACACAUUUCUCCGCGCUAUCCAAGAAGUCAGCACAAUUUUCGAAGGGAAUCAGCAGCAAGACGCCCAUGAAUUUCUCAUGUGUGUACUUGACAGUAUUCGGGAAACCUGCCAAACAUUGAUUAAAUGUGUCUCUGAAUGUCCAGAUUUAAUCGUAAAUGGUCUUCCAGAACAAGCUGAAUCAAUGCAAUCAGCUCCAAGUAAAGAGCGAGAACGAGAAUCUAGUAUUAUAAAAACAUCGUUUUUUUCUCGGAGAUCAAAACGGAAAGAGGAUGCGAAACAACCGAAAGGUUUACGAUUAAAUUCCCCACACAAGGAAAAUCUUAUUAGCAGUCCACAGUUAGAUUCACUAAACUCAGCCAUUAAGAAUAGUCUGAGCUCAAUAAUAACUGAUGAUGACAUUACAACUACAGAUAGAGAGCGACUAAACGAAAAAAUAAAGCAAUUGGGUUUGGACUUCUUUACGGAAGAUUUUGAGGGGAUCACUGUGUCUACGACGAAGUGUUUAAGUUGCGAAACUAUAACUGAACAAAAGGAGACAAUGAUCGAUAUAGCUGUCCCGAUAUCGGGAUACGAGAAUGUGGAUAACAGUGAAAAAUCCCAGUUCUUCAUUCAAAAUUCCUGCAUAACACGGGAAUAUUUUCGCGGAGAAAAUAAGUAUCGCUGCGAACAGUGCAUAGGGUAUACAGAAGCAAUUCGGUCGAUUUCCUACGAAGUUCUCCCCCGAUUGCUAAUGAUCCAGUUAAACCGCUUUUCUGGAGGUAUGGAAAAGAUUAAUAGUUAUCUUCCAACACCUUUUACUCUCCAAUGUUUCUGUGCAAAAUGUUGUCAGCAACCGGAUAACAAGAAACACCAUGUAUAUAAAUUGUAUAGUGUCAUAACACACGUUGGAGCUACUAUGUCCGUAGGACAUUAUAUCGCAUAUACAUGCUCCUUGGAUUUAGCUAACGAUUAUGUUAACUGUCCCAAAGAUCGUAGACGAGAAACUCAACUUAACUCAUUGAAUUCGUGUGGUAAUGUUAAUAGCAAUCACAAUAGUAGUAACAAUACUUGCUCUCAUGUUGUUACUACAAACGCAAGUGAGAAAAAUAUUGGCUUAAUGAAAAAAAUGAGAUUUGGUCGUGGCAAGGCCUCAAGUAGUAGUGAUAUGAGUAAACAAGUAAAAAGCGUUAACGGAGUGUCCAACAAAACCAUAACAAAUGGAGUCGAGAAGUUGAAUAUAAAUACGACGUGCGCUAGUCUAAAUUGUUGCGGUUUGCGUAUUAAAAAUUAUGCCAAUGUUGGCGGUUCGAGCUACAAUGGGUCAAGUGUGGCGAACGCGAUGAACAUAAACGGCAUCUAUGUAGAAUCUACGGAUGAUCAAUCUUCAACUGCAUUUAGUUCUGCAAGUUGUUAUAGUGAUGCACUUAGUUAUAAUAGCAAUAGUAAUGGCAAGUCAAAAUCAUCGGUGAACAAUCAGUCAACUUGGUAUAUGUGUGACGAUGAUAAAAUUAAGGUUAUGUCACAACGCGAAUUUGAGGAGUUGUUGUCGCCAAAUCGGAAAAUCAUGGUAACACCGUAUCUCCUGUUCUACGCUCGAAGAGAUUUGCAAUAAUGCUUCAAUGUGGAUAAUUUGUGAUGUGAAAUGAAAACACGUAUUUUUUAGUUAGUAGAAACCCUUAAAAUAAUUUUAACUUCGCCUAUUCUGCCAGAAAUAUUUUCGUAUUAGCAUUUUAUUUUCUGAGAAAAACCAUAAAAAGUAAAGCAUUCAUAAGGACAAAAAGCGGUGAAAGAUUUCAUUGUUACAAUAAAAAUCAAUUGAUCAAAAUAGAA